AUGAAUGAGAUAGUUAAUAAGCAUGGAAUCCGUCAAGAUGGGAGAAAAUUAACAGAAAUAAGACGAAUAAAAUGUAUUGUGAAUGAAGGCACUCAAAGAGGAGUAGAUGGGAAUGUUUAUUUUGAGCAAGGGCAAAAUAAAUUGAUAGUAUCUAUUAUAGGUCCAAUACCUAUUUCAGGUAAUAUAAAUAAUUUAAAUAGUAAUUCAGGAGUUCAAAUUAAUUGUAAUUUUAGAGUGUCACCAUUUAGUAGUCAGGAUAGAAGGAAGAGAGGAAAAAAUGAUCGAUUUUGUAUAGAAAGUGGAUUAAUAAUUUCAAGAACUUUUUCUUCUGUAAUUUGUGAUCAAUACUCAAAAUCUCAAAUUAUUAUAAAUAUUAUGAUAUUGGAAGGGGAUGGAAGUAUAAGAUCUGCUGCUAUUAAUGCUACAUCAAUUGCAUUAGCUAUUUCUGGUAUUUCCAUGAAAGAUUUAAUAGUUUCUGCUACUUGUGGAUUGUAUGGAGAACAAAUUCUUUAUGAUUUAACUCAAUCUGAGAUGGAAAGUUUGAAAGGUACUUUGCUAAUGGCUAUAAAUAGUACUGAUAAUGAGGUAUCUCCUGUUACUAUUGAUUUAAAUACAAAACUUAAAACUGAAGUAAUUGAAUCAUUAAUGACUGAGGCAUUUUCUGCUUGUAAGCAAUUUUCUUUUAUAUUAAGAGAUUUUCUUAAGAACUAUACCUGUAAUAAAUACCAAAGUAUUUAUUCAAAAUAG